AUGGCGGGCCGCCAUGAUUGUCUGGAAAAAGAAAUUAGGAUCGUGUUGAUAGGAAAAACAGGAUGUGGGAAAAGUGCCACCGGAAAUACAAUUCUUGGUAAGAAAGUAUUUGAAUCUGGUGUAUCCGGGUCAUCUGUUACAAGCAAAUGCUCCCAAAAGCACGCUUUUCGAUUUGACAGGAAACUAUUAAUUGUUGAUACACCGGGGAUUUUUGAUACCAAGCAUUCAAAUAAAGAAAUACAAAAUGAAAUAGUCAAAUGCAUCAGCAUUACAUCACCAGGUCCUCACGCUUUUAUUCUAGUCCUGUCCUUGACUAGAUAUACAAAAGAGGAACACAACACAACGAUGCACUUCGUCAAACAUUUUGGGAAAGACAUAUUUAAAUAUUUUAUUGUUCUAUUCACCCGCAAGGAUGAUUUAGACGAAGAAAAUAGAACUUUGUUACAGCAUAUUCAAACAGUUCCACCGGAAUUAAAAUUAUUUAUCAAGCGCUGUGGGGGAAGAGUACUUGCAUUUAACAAUAGGCUGAAGGGCGAACAAACAAAUGCUCAAGUUGAAGAGCUCUUGUCAAUGAUUUUAGAAAAUACAGAAAAUAAUAAUGGAGAAUGUUACACUGAUGAAAUGUAUAUCCAAGCUGAAAAACUUAUCAAAGAAAGGGAAAAAGAAGAAGUUAAAAAAGCAAAAGAAGAAAGAGAUAAAGAGUUACGGGAAAUGGAAAAGAAAUUUAUGUCAAAAUACGAAAAGGAAAAGAUGAUCAGAGACACAAACGAGAAAUUAAGGGAAAAAAAAGAAAAAGUACGGGAUAAAAUACGAGAUGAUAUCGAGCAUGAAAUAGGCUUAUUCAGCAAAGUUGGAGCCGUUAUUGAUAGCGUUAUUUCAUUAUAUAAGGAUUUACCAAACAACGAUUUACAUCCGAUGGAGUGA